AUGUAUCAAACAGUUGAUAGGUUAGAAAGAUUAGUAAGAGAGAAUUGCUUCUCUCGUAUAUUCAACAAGUUGAAAUAUGAGAAUCAUAGGGAGCCAGAGGAACUAAGAAAACUUCACUUUAUUGCUAAACUCACCAUCGUCGCCCCCCACUCACUCUCUUCACUCUCGCCAUUGACCCUCUCACUCUCGGUCUCGCCAUUGACCCUCUCACUACAAGCGGAAACCCUCUCACUCUCGCCAUUGAGAGUCGUCGCCUCCCACUCACGACUCACCUGCACUACUCUCCACAUUGACCGUCGUCACUCCUCUUCGCCAUCGCUUUCACUGAUCGUCGCUGUGCCGCCGUCACCAUCGUCGCUGUGCGGCCCUUACCAUUGUCGCUGUGCCGCUCUCAGCAUCGUCAUCUCCGUGAUUCUCAUCAUCGUCUUCGCUGUGCUCACAUCAUUGAAUAGUUUGAACGGUUUCUUGGUUAGCCAGAAACAGAAAUAGUGUGAAGAAUGUAAAGAAUGAAAAGAAGACAAGGAGUAGAGAAGAAGUAGAAGAGGAAGAAGAAAGGUGAGUUGAA